GCUGUGUCCAGACAGCUGACAGCCUGUGAGGAGAGGAGAGCCGGUAAUCUGCAUUCCUCGGAGGGGACAUCAGCGCCACCUGUCAGUGUCCAUCAGUGCCAUCUCUCAGUGCUCAUCCAUGCCACCUGCCAGUGCCCAAUCAGUGCCACAUUUCAGUGUCCAUCAGUGCCACAUAUCAGUGCCCAUCUGAGCGGCCUUUCAGUGUCACCCAUCAGUGCCAGUCAGUGCCACCUAUCAGUGCCCGUCAAUGCUGCUUAUCAGUUUCAGCUUAACAGUGCCAGUCAGUGCCACCUAACAGUGCCAGUCAGUGCUGCCUAUCAGUGCCACCUAUCA